GUGGUUCAGAAAACGUAGGAAUCAAACAUUGUACUUUUUUAUAUAUUUGUAUAGCUUUAGGUCAAACAAAAUCCGUGUGCUGCCAGUGAAUUUAAAAACGAACUACAUUGCAACUAUGUCAGAGGAAGUCGUCGUCCGGGACCAGUUUGAAAUCCCAGCAGUAACGUCGAACGACAGUCAGAGUUCGCUCGGAAACGAUUCGAAAAUCGAGCCGGAAAAGCUGAUGGUUUGCGAUGAAAUAGACAGCACGUUGAACAUUGCAGGGGUGUCUGAGAAAGAUUUCAAGGUUUCAGAGCAGGCGGACAUUUGGGAAGCGAAAGAUACCACAGGCUAUAAGACACCAAAUCAGUUCAAAGAGUCCGAUGAAGCGGCGCCUGAGGAGAUUAGUUUUGUAGAAGGGGAGGAGGAGCUCAGUUCCGGAUCGUCCUUUACAUCCUGUUGCUCGUACAGAUACAUGCGAAAGUCGAUCCUUUGCCGGGAGAUACGUGACGCAUCCACCUUGAGUUUGGACAGUGGCAUUGAUAUAGCUUCCCCAAUCGAUCUUUUGCUCAAUCGGGAUCUGGAUAAGGACCAGGAUCAGUUACAAGGAACCCCCUUAUAUCCAGGUAUUGAGAAAAACAGCUCAUCCACCAGGAUCGUGAUGGAGAAAAGAGAACUGACUGUCACUUCCGAGGACAGCGAAGGUGAUUGCGAACUCAGCUUGGACGAAGUGUACCAACGCUUCUCGGCUUGGUUCAAUCACAACGAAAUAGAUACCGCAUUUUCCUCUUUUAUGCAGGCGGAUGAGGACAUGGACGGGUACAUUUGUCUGGGCGAGCUGAAGAGAUUCCUGGAGAAACUCGCGAUGCCACAAACCCAUUUGGCAGCCAAAAACGUAAUGACCCAUGUGGUGGGAAAACACGUGGAACGACUGAACUUCUGCCAUGCGCUUCUUAUUUACGGAACUGUUUUGAAUCGCUUGGAAUUGAGGAAGUGGCAUCUAUUGGAUCGGGAACGGCAUCGUUUGGCCCGAAGCAAGGCGGUAGACGUGUCCAAGGUGGGUGUUAGUGGUGCAAAAGAGUUUUUCGAAGCCAAAAUAGCCCUGCAAACGGAUCACUUGCCUAUUAAUUCGGAUCAACCGGUGGCCAGAGUGCCGGUUCAUUCAUUGAAUAAGGAGAACACAGGCUCUAGAAGAGUAAACUUCAAGUCCGCUGCCGCUCUUUUUAAAAAGCUUGAAAGUGAACAGUAAGUCAACUCGCGUGGAAGCCUUCAAUGCAAACCAUACAAUUCUGACUCAAGAGUGUUGCGCGAAAUUCCCAGUUGAACUACUAGAAAAUUUUAAGUUUUACUACAGACUGACCUUGUAUCUACUCCAUAACUUUCCAUAAAUCAUUUGCCAAUAAAAGCGAUCCAGGAACGCAAA